AUGGAUGCAACCGAGCUAAAGAACCAAGGCAAUAAGGAAUUUUCCUCUGGUAACUACAUCGAAGCGAUCAAUUAUUUCUCCAAAGCUAUCCAACUAGACAGUGGCAAUCAUGUUUUAUUUAGUAACCGCUCUGCCUGCUAUGCAGCACUUCAUCGCUACAAGGAUGCUUUGGAUGACUCAGACGCAUGCAUCUCCAUUAAACCCGACUGGGUGAAGGGGUAUGUGCGCCGUGGUGCAGCACUUCAUGGGUUACGGCGUUAUGAGGAUGCAACUGCCGCGUAUGAAAAAGGAUUAAAGAUGGAGCCGGGGAACGCUGCAUGCAUUCAAGGGCUUGCAGAUGUAAAGAAUGCCCAUGAUCGUGAGAUGCGUGAUCCUUUCGCUAAAGCCUUCACACCUGAGGCUUUCCGGAAAAUCCAGGAGCACAAGAAGCUUUCACUGCUGCUACUUCAGCCCGACUAUGUGAAGAUGAUUGACACCGUUGUUCGCGAUCCUUCGCAAAGUAAGCUCUAUCUCGAAGACCACCGCUUCACCAUGACAUUUUUGUAUUUAAGUGGGAUGAAGCUUCCUGACACAGAUGAAGAUGCGGAGGAAACUCACACCAACCAACAACCAACAGAAUCUUCUCCAAAGGAAGAAAAGUCUAAAGAUAACACAACAGAGUUAACUGAAGAUCAAAAGGAGGCGCUCCAGCUCAAGGAAGAGGGUAAUAAGCUUUAUGUUUCUAAAAAAUUUGAUGAAGCUCUUGAAAAGUAUACUGCCGCGGCCGCGAAGGAUCCUUCAAAUACACUAUUCAUUUUAAAUGCCACUGCUGUAUACUUUGAGAAAGGUGAAUACGACAAAUGUAUCGAGGAGUGCCAAAAGGGGCUUGAGCAUGGCCGAGAGAAUCGCUGCGAUUACACCAUCAUCUCCAAGCUUCUAACUCGCCAGGCGUUUUGCCACCAAAAACAAAAGAAAUAUGAUGAAGCCAUCGGUCUGUACAAGAAGGCCUUGGUGGAGUGGCGCAACCCUGAUACACUUGCCAAGCUAAAUGCAUGUGAGAAGGAGCGUGAUAAGGCAAUUGCCGACGCGUACAUUGACCCCGAAAUUGCGAGGCAGAAAAAGGAAGAGGGUAACGAUUAUUUCAAACAGGAUAAGUUUCCCGAAGCUGUGGCCGCGUAUACAGAAGCCAUUAAGCGGAAUCCGUCGGAGCACACUGCGUACAGCAAUCGAGCGACAGCAUAUAUCAAGCUAGGAGCGUUCAAUGAUGCCCUGAAAGAUGCUGAAAAAUGCAUUGAACUGAAGCCUGACUUUGUGAAGGGAUACUCGCGCAAAGGGAAUGCUUACUUCUGGACAAAGCAGUACAACCGCGCUCUUCAGGCCUACGACGAGGGUCUUAAGGUGGACCCGAAUAACACCGAGUGCCGCGAGGGCCGAAUGCGCACGAUGAUGAAGAUUCAGGAAAUGGCAACAGGCCAAUCAUCCGAUGGUGAUGAGGCUGCAAGGCGUGCAAUGAAUGAUCCCGAGAUUGCGGGUAUCAUGCAGGACACCUACAUGCAGCUGGUUCUGCAGGAGAUGCAAAACGAUCCUUCGCGUAUCCAGGAGUACAUGCGAGAUCCAUCCAUCUCGGCAAAGAUUAACAAGUUGAUAUCCGCUGGUAUUAUUCGCUUCGGGCAAUAA